AUGGUAGUCCCUUUAGGCCCUGGAAAAUUCUAUGGCAGCAGCCUUCCUCGUCCCCGAAUCUACACUGAUGUAAAACACAACACUGAACGAGUAGACCCACCAGUUUCUGUCAUGGAUCCGUUUCUUUCAUGGGCUAAUGAAGCUCACUGGUCAAUGGGAGGGCUCAGCUUCACCCGCCUUCGCUAUCAGGGUCGAAUCGAAGGAAAUACUGAGAAACUACGAAAACACCGUGAAAAACAAGUCAAGUUGCUAGCCAAAACUAGCCCAAAGAAGAAAGAUCUGGCUCCAGGCGGAGAGAAAGAGAGGAAUAAGAAAAGGAGCGGGUCUGUUUCGCCUCCUCCGGCUCCUAAAGUGACAAAGAAGAGGAGGUUCCUGCAGUUGAUUGACGAGCAGGAGAGUGAAGAAGAAGAGGAUCAAGAACUUGAGGAUCUUAUUAAGGUUAAAAGAGGGCUAGCAAGGAAGUUAGUCGGUGAUUUUGAAAAGGUAGCUAAGGAGAACCAGAAUGUGAAGGUUGCUGGUUUGGUAAAGAAGGUUGCCGAGGAGGUUAACAGAGAAGGAAAGAUAUUAAGGAGUGGAAAGAAAGGUAAGAAAAGUGGUUAA